CUAAAAUGAAAUUCUCCGAAUCCGUUCCCCUCUACAAGCAGCCUCUAUCAAUCCCGGCCGAGCAACUCCCGCAACCGGAUCUCAACCGAAACUUACCACUAUCCAAGUACUUUUUGAUGAUGAAAACUCCAGAAAUCGGAUUCCAGAAGGCCGAGGUUCGGGACGUCCUACUACGAAAAGUGGUGCUCAACGAGAUCGAAAAGAUCCCGGCGAUCUGGAAUUGCAAGAACACGUACAACGCGAAUAAGCUGUACCCGGAGGUGGCGGUUCAGGUUUAUAGAAGGACCGGCACGUUGUUGCAUACCAAAAUGGUCCAAAUGGUGUUCAAAACCGCCAAGGACUCACUGCGGAACCGUCUGCGCGACGCCAUCUCUCGGAAGGGGCUCAACGAAGUGGACACGGAAGCCCAUCUGUUAGAAUGGGAGUACUAUCCGUUCGUCCGGUUCUAUCGAGAAGUCUCUGAAGGUUGGGAGGAUCGGAUGAGAAAGACGAAGCAACUUGAGAAAAGGGAGCCAGCUGGGGGUGUCGGAAUCGUAGGAGACGACGAGAAUUCGAUGGAUGUUGAGGAGGAGCCGUAUGAGAAUCCGGAUAUUAUUUGGGAUGAUGUCGCUGACCCAGAGAGCCCCACAACCUCGAUGAGCUCUACCCUCACCUCUACCCAGGGAACCUUCACCGAUUAUCAUCCCGAGGAACCCUACCACAACCCGGAGCCGCCACUGAUCCACCCGACGCUCGAGUAUGCCGCCAUGAAGACCGCUUCCCUUCAGCGAAACCAGCAGAACAAGCACGUGAUGGAGGUUCGGCACGGCAGUGAGACUCGCACGGUGGUAGUGAUGCCUACAGAGCCUCCGAGACAGCAAUUGAAUGCUCCAGACUUUGCGGAAGAAAUGCUCCAAGUCACGUACCAAGCGACACGGAUUGCUCGAGAGCAGCCGGAACGUGUGAAGCUGCUCCGCAAGGCGCUUUUCGAUACAGUAUUGGCGUUUGAUCAGAAGGAGUACAAUUGUGUGGCGGACUUGUAUCGGGACUUGGCCGAGAAAUCAUCGAGAUAAUUUUAUAAUAAAUUGUUGAGUUUGA